ACACUGUUCUAGGCCGCCUCUCAUCAUCUAGUCAGUUCUUCUACCUAGAGCUAGAAAAUAUACUUUUCGUCGCUGCUAAAUACACUGAUCUCGUCAUUAUUCUGAUAAUAUCCCUUAACAUUUGUACAAGAGUCAAGUGAAUAUGGUAGGUGUGAUAACAUGAUAGGGACAGAAGCAGUAUGUGACCUGUGGGGUAUGAGUUCAGUAACUCUAUGCGCAAAGGUGUAGUGUGCAUAUGUAUGUACAUGUGUAUAAGUACAUAUAUUCAAAACUAUCUGAAACAAGGUUAUAUAAUCUAAAGUUAAUUUGAGUAUCACAAAGAGACAAUGAGUGUAUUAAAUGUUAAUGAUAAACGACCCGUAUCUAGUUUCAGAAAGAAGUUGAAACAUGAUCAAGCUGCGUACAAUCCUUGUAUAGAGGAAUAUAAUAGCAGUUUGAAAUGUUUAGAGAAAAAUCAUUAUGAACGUAACAAAUGUACUGAACAAUUCGUCAAUUAUAGAAAAUGUAACAAAAUUUGGAGAAAAAUAAUAACCAUUCGACGAGAGAAAGAUAUAAAACCCGUUAUACCUGCACCCGAAGAACGAGCGAAAGUAAAAAAUGAAUUUUUAGAAUCUGAAAACAUGUAAUAUUGCUUUUC